CCGCUUUGGCCGGACGUGCAAACUCUGUCCCGGCAUGCACCUUUUUGUGUUUAUACUAGAGUCAGGCAGAUUAGCUUUGCAUUCGUUGAUUUGCAAAAAAAAACUUUUCCAGUGUAAAAUGUCUAAAAAAGAGCUGAUUGAGUCGCUGAGGGCUUUUGUUAACGAGCGAUUAAAUGCGGCGGCCAGGGAGAUUUGCGGUGCGGUAGAAAAAACAAUAGAAGAGUAUGAGGAGCCCAAGGAGCAGGGGCAAAAUGAGAUGCUACAACUCGUCAUUAAACCUGGCUUUAAAAUAGGAAUAGAAGAUUCCCUCCUGGUGAAUGAAGACAAGGAUGCAACACUCCUUCAGCAACAGCAGAGGCCAGAGGUACCACAGGUUAAAGAGGAGGAGGAGCAAAUCCCAACCAGUCAAGGGUUACAGCAGUUAACCGAUGAUAUUGUGAUUUUUACAGUUUCUCCCUCCCUGAGUGUGAAAAGUGAACACGAUCUGGACUUCGCUUCAAACCUUAACCAAAACGUGGAAAAUGGAGGGAAAGUGAGCGUGCUGCAGGUGAACCCUGAGAAAUCUGAUGAAACGAUAAAAGUGGAACUUGGAGAGGAGGAUAGCGAAGACACGCAGCUCGCAGCUGAUUGCCAGCCCGUCUCCUGUGUAGUCUCUGAAGAUGAGAGUGAGGGCAGUGAGGAGCCUGAGAGUGAAACAGAGAGUAAUGACAAAUCACAGUCAGACUCUGAGGAGCUGCAAAAGGAUUUAGAUGGAGGAAAAAUACAAAAAAGGUGCAGGAGAUCUAUGAAGUCCUAUGAGGACAAUGAAGAAUCAGAGUCAGAUUUUGAGACUUUGGAAUCAAAAAGAUCAAAGCGAUCUGUGGAAACCUAUGCAGAAGGUGAAGACUCAGAGUCAGAUGUUGACACUUCAGAGUUGAACAAUGCUGUAACGGCGGAUAGUGCCAAAAGAUCAAUGAAGUCUCAUGUGAAAUCAGUCCGCCAAAGUCACUCUGAUCCCUGUACUUGUAAACUGUGUGGGAAAUCUUUCAGCUAUAAGGCCAAUCUCAUUAAGCAUGCAUCGUGCCAUGCAGAAAACCAGGAGUUCCUUUGUGGCAUUUGUGGGAUGCGUCUGGAUUCCACUGAAAAUUUGAAGUGCCACUUAGAGAGUCACAUAAAAGAGACAAAGACGUGUCCUACUUGCGGAAAGAUCUUCGAAAGGGAAGCUUUACUGAAAGUUCACAUGAGGAUUCACUCGGGAGAAAAGCCGUACAGCUGCAAGGACUGUGGCAGGGGAUUCUACAAGUCCUCAGCUCUCAAUAGCCACAUGAGGAUCCACACAGGCGAGAAGCCGUACAAGUGCAACAUGUGCCUCGAGAAAUUUACCCACAGGACAACCUGCAUUCGGCACAUCAUGGCGGUUCACACAGAUAAGAUGUACAGCUGCAGAGACUGUGGAAAGGAAUUCAGUGACCAGAGAAAGUUGAACUCGCACAUGAAAGCUCACAGGGGCAUGAAACCAUACAGCUGUGACUUUUGUGGCAAAGAAUUCAAAUACGUGGGAAAUUUGGACAUUCACAAGAAAGUCCACACAGCAGAUACUUCAUACAUCUGUGAUCUGUGCGGCAGGGGUUUCUCUCAGUCCAAAGGCCUUCAGCAGCACUUGAAAGCUCACACUGGCCAGAAACCAUACCUUUGCUGUGUUUGCAACAAAGGAUUCAUCAGCAGCGAGAACUUGGACACGCACAUGAGAAUCCACACAGAGGAGAAACUGUACAAGUGCAAUUUUUGCCCAAAAAGAUUUAUCAGCCAGACGAACUGUAAUAUGCACAUGAAGUUUCACAGAGAGACUUCAUGACAAUGUGACUCUGGGCAACUGAAAUCAAUAUGAUAAUCAUUUUAUAAAAAAAAAAAAAAAAAUCACAUUGAUAUAAAUCACAGUUUAUGUUUACAAAACCACCUGCUAAUCAAAGUGAUGUCCAUUCCAGUGAACUGCAUGGAAGCAUUAAACAUGAUGACAAACAGAGCUCUUAAGAUCUUCAUAUUUCAUUUUGACAGUGUUUGAAUAAAAUGCAUUGCUUUUAUAAUAUCAUCAUGUCAUCAUAAUCACCAUCAUAUAAUUUAACUGAAAGAUGAUACAUGAUAAUACUGAAUGUUAAAAUUAUAUUUGUACCAGGGUGGGGGAAUUGGCCCAGGCCACCUGUCCAAGUAUCAUGAGCCACUUAUACAGGGUUAAAAGAUGUUAUAAGGUUUUGAGUUUGGAUCUGACUUUAUGCUUUGAGUGGUUAAAAAAAAAAAAAAAAAAAAACAUUCUCACUCUUCC